AUGCACUCGAACACGCAUCUAGAGUCGGGAGGGUCCAUAGGCACUUCUCGAUCUCAUAUAACGUUCAAUACCAUCCAAAAAUAUGACGAAAAGAUCAGAAGGACCACCGAGGAAUUAAAACAAAUACAAUACGAACGCAAUCUGCUGGUACCCAUUUGCCGUCUACCCGCAGAGAUUCUGGGAUCCAUCUUUACAUUCUACAUCGACUCUUAUUCGCAGGAGCACUAUGUUUAUAGCGGUACGUUUCAUCAGCGAGGGCGAUGGUGGGUCGAUAUCUUACUCGUAUGUCGACAUUGGUGCGCAACUGCGUACAACACUCCCUCAAUGUGGUCAACCCCGGACUUCAGGUUCCCAAGGUUGGCAUGGAGGAUGUUGAAGUAUUCUGGUUCCACGCCGCUGAAUAUCAUUUGGGACUUUCAUCCAACACUUCUCCGGGACGAACAUCGCAGACUGUUUAUGAAAGUACUCUCGAGCCUUUCACGCAUCGCCAGCUUGCAUCUCAACUUAUUUUCUCCGACUAUUCGAGAUCUCUUUGAAGAUUCACUGACGGAGAUGGCCAACGAGCCUGCGCCUUUACUUCAUUCCCUUGUCAUCGAUUGUACCGAGGUUAUGUACCCGGUCAUUCUCUCGGAGGAUUUCCUUGGAGGAGGUGCACCUCGUUUGACCAGAUUGGAACUCGGAGGGUGUUUACUAGAAAGGUGGCGAACUCCAUUGUUCACGAACCUCACGCACCUUACCAUCAGGAGUAUGCCCGUUACCGAAAGACCCUCCACCAAAGUGAUCUUCGAAGCUCUACGAGAGGCCCACAAUCUUGAAGUUCUUGAACUCGAAUACUGUGUCUCUCCCAUUCCGACUUCCCUGCCACCCAAUUCCACCAUUUCGUUUCCUCGAUUGAGGAUAUUGUUUCUAUCCAUGACGGACGACACCUGUUACACUCUCCUCGAACCCAUGUCUUUCCCUGCCACGACUUCCAUCCACCUUGAAUGUUAUACUUCAUCCUUUGACUGGCAUCAUAUCCCUCUAAUACCCUGUAUUUCUGGACUACUUUAUCCCGCCUCGAGCUCUGCCGACCAUCCGAGAGCAAUUAGGAGUCUUAUGCUCGAUUCCAGUGGUUUUCAUGAUGGGCUGGUUCUUAAAGCCUGGAAUUAUAGCGACGCCGAGAUCCCACACUUGUGGUUUGAGAUGAAUGGCAUCGCAACCCCUCACACGCAGUACUUCACACAAAAAAUGUUGGGCUUAGGUCCUCUCAUCCACCUCGAAGCCCUCAGGAUCUUCUCCGCUGAGCCGCUCUCCCAGAAUAUCAUCGUUGAAAACCUGGGAAAGUCAACUUCAUUACGGUCGAUAUAUCUCUUGCAACGUGCUUCGUUUGGAUUUCUCAAGCUGUUAUCUGGAGUCACCGUCGCCCGCAAAGGGAAAUACGAGGACAGCGGGAAGAAACAGGCGACGGCUCAGCCUAUCCUUUUCCCUUCCUUGAAAACAAUUGGUUUGGUCAAUGUAGAUUUCCGUGCUUCGUCGAGCCAUGUUUUGGAGACACUUCUGAUGGCGUUGAGGUUACGGACAGAGAGUGGAUUUCCGGUAGAGAGGUUGGUGUUGGAGAGCUGCAUACGGUUGUACUCAUUUGACGUGAAGCGGAUUGAGGAAGAAGUAGUGGUUGAGUGGGAUGGACUUGAGCUCGAUCUUUGA